AUGUGUGGAGGACCACAUCCUUAUGAACAAUGUCCCAUUGCUGCCAGUUGCUCUGCUGAUGUCAACAAUACGCCUUUAGAGCAGGCACAUGCUAUUGAUAAUUUUCCAAGACCAUCAAACAACCCGUAUUCCAUGUCUUAUACUCUAGCUUGGAGAAACCAUCCUAAUAUGUCUUGGAAAAAUAAUCAAGGCGCACAACCACCAUACCCACUAAACCAACCUCAAUACCCACCCCAUCAACCAACAUAUGGGCUAAAUCCUCAACCAUAUUAUGAUCCUCGCCAAGCAGUGCCACAACACCCACCACUGCACCCUCAAGUGAACCCACUAGAAGCGCAGUCUGACACGUUGAACCAAUUUAUGACUGAAAUAAGGUCUUCAAUAAGGAGUUUGGAGACACAAAUUGGUCAACUGGCAAAUUUAAUGUCUAACCGGGCUCAAGGGAAUUUACCAAGCUCCACUGAGGUAAAUCCUAAAGAGCAAUGUCAAGAGUUCACAUUGAGGAGUGGUACUAAGUAUGACAUGCCUACAAUUCAAGAGGAAGUGGAGAAGACACAAGAUCAAAAGGUAGCUAGUCCAGAGCAAGAGAACGUUACAGAAGAUCUUCAGAAGAAAGGGAAAGACAAGCCUAUAACAGUGGAGCAUACACCAAAAAUACCAUAUCCUCAAAGGUUUCGAAAGGUGAAUCUUAAGAAGAAGUUUUCUAAAUUUCUCAAGGUAUUCAAGAAACUUCACAUCAAUAUACUGUUUGUAGAGGCUCUAGAACAAAUUCCUAGUUAUGAGAAGUUCAUGAAGGAUAUUUUGUCUAAGAAGAGGAGGAUGGAAGAUUAUGAGUUAGUUGCCUUGACUGAAGAGUGUAGUGCCAUAUUACAACGAAAGCUUCCUCAGAAACUGGGACUAGGAGAAGCUCGCCCCACCACAGUCACACUUCAAUUGGAAGACAAAUCAGUCAAGCAUCCUCGAGGUAUUAUUGAAGAUGUUCUUGUGAAGGUGGAAAAAUUUAUCUUCCCUGCAGAUUUUAUAGUACUUGACAUGAAGGAAGAUGAGGAUGUUCCUAUUAUCUUAGGGAGGCCAUUUUUAGCCACCGGGAAAACAUUGAUAGAUGUACAAAAAGGGGAGUCAGAGUUAAGGGUUCAUGGUGAGAAGGUGGCCUUCAAUGUGUUCAAGGAUUUUACUUAUUCCAAAGUCAUUUAA